CGGGGCCUGGCAGCUCGGCCGAGCCGCCGCAGAGCUCGCGGGCAGCUCCAGUGUCUUUAACCACCACGGCCUGCGCUCCCGCCCGGGAGCCGGAUCUACAAUCCGCUCCUCCCGCCCCGGAGCAAAGGCGCUUGUUGCUCGCCGGCCAAAGCGGGAGCUACUGCCGGGAAGCGAGGCUGCCGCCUGCUCCGUGCGCCCCACCUGCCCGAGAGCGGUUCGCAGGGGGUUCCGCGGCGCGGCGGGGCAGGCGGCGUGGGUGGCCGGGGACCGCACCCCCGCCUGCAGUCUCGGCGCCCGCAGCCGGGAGACAUGCGUCGCUGCCCCCUGCCCGGCCCCGCCGCCCGCGCCGGGACUGGGGGCCCCGCGAAGCCCGCGCCCGCAGACUCGCCCUAGAAGCCCGGGAGCGGCGGGGCCUCCGCGGAGGCGCCGGUAGCCGAGCGGGGUGCGGGGAGGGGCGCGCAGGUGGCCUCCGCCCCCGUUCGGGGAGGGGCUGCGCCGAUGACCCCGGUGGUGGUUUCGCUUUCCCGUCUCGCCGCCGCGUGAGCCUGGGUCCGCAGCGUGAUGGGCAACCAGGUGGAGAAGCUGACCCAUCUAAGUUACAGGGAAGUUCCCACGGCCGACCCCACGGGCGUGGACCGGGACGACGGGCCCCGCAUCGGGGUCUCCUACAUCUUCUCCCAGGACGACGAGGACGGGGAGCCGCAGCCCCCGCCCCCCGGGCCCGAGGGCCGUGGGGCGCCCGACGGUGGGAACGGGCCGCAGCCCCCCGCCCCGCAGCCCUACGACCCGCGGCUGCACGAGGUGGAGUGCUCGGUGUUCUACCGGGACGAGUGCAUCUACGAGAAGAGCUUCGCGCCCGGCUCGGCGGCGCUCAGCACCUACACCCCCGAGAACCUGCUCAACAGGUGCAGCCCCGGCGACCUGGUGGAGUUCGUGUCGCAGGCGCAGUACCCGCACUGGGCGGUGUACGUGGGCAACUUCCAGGUGGUGCACCUGCACCGGCUGGAGGUGAGCAACAGCUUCCUGACCGACGCGAGCCAGGGCCGCCGCGGCCGCGUGGUCAACGACCUGUACCGCUACCGGCCACUGAGCCCCGGCGCCGUGGUGCGCAACGCGCUGGCGCACGUGGGCGCCAAGGAGCGAGAGCUCAGCUGGCGCAACUCCGAGAGCUUCGCCGCCUGGUGCCGCUACGGCAAGCGCGAGUUCAAGAUCGGCGGAGAGCUGCGCAUAGGCAAGCAGCCCUACCGCCUGCAGAUUCAGCUCUCAGCGCGGCGCAGCCACACGCUGGAGUUCCAGAGCCUGGAGGACCUGAUCAUGGAGAAGCGGCGCAAUGACCAGAUCGGGCGCGCCGCGGUGCUGCAGGAGCUCGCGCUGCACCUGCACCCCGCCGAGCCGGAGGAGGGCGACCGCCACGCCUCGCGGACUACGCCGCCUCCUGGGCGCCCUCCGGGCCUGGCUUCCGAGGAGGAUGGAGAGGUGGCGGCGCCCUGAAGGCUUUGGGCUGAGCGCAGCUGCUGUCCUCUUCCUCUUCUCCCUCCUGCCUCCUCGGCCACCUGGGCCUUUUGGAAAACGGAGAGUUGGUGAAAUGCGCGGUCGGCUGUGGCUAGGGGAGGAGGAGGGGACUGGGAACAGGUAGGAGCACCUGGGCUGGACCCCGGCUUUCCUUAUGCCCCUGGCUGCCUUUCUCCCAAGGCAGACUGGACUUGCUAGACACUUAAUCCCUGCGGGGUCUGGAUCCCAAAGUGACCCUUAUGCAAACAAGGCUGGGAAAAAUUCGCAGUGUCAGUGUCUGCCGCUGCCUCCUCUAGCUUUGCCUUGCGCUUGAGCUCAGGAUUCCUUGUAGGAGGCCAGAGGGGGGGCCCCCUUGGGCCGGCAGUGAGAGCUGUUUGUCUUCUCCCCUGCUGAGCUGGGCCAGCGCUCAGGAAGGCUGAUGUGAUUAAUUAAUGGGAUUCCUGGGGCGCAGGGCUGGUGAAACCAUGACCAGGGCUAGGAGCAGCAGACCAAAACGGAGCAGCUUCCUAUUUAGUGUAACAAAUAGUUGCACAAACUCUGGCUACAAACAAAGACUUGGCUCCCUCCCUAGAAAUUCCUCUUGAGGAGGCUCAUGGUGGAGUCUUCCCCUUCCCAGGUUACAAGUAAAUCGCUGUCCAGGGCCAGCCCGCCUGGGAAGGAUUCACUUAAGGUCCUGUGCCACCGCCUUUGUUUUUUCUGCCUGCCUUGUAGGCGCUCAUGGCUGUGUCAUUUGUUAUCGAAGGAGGGGAUCGCCUUUGUGUCUCCGGUCUAAUGAAACCUGCUUGGCAGGGCAUCGCAGGGGAGGGUGCAAAUGGGCUGGCCAGUGCCACCCUGCGCAGUACCCUCUAAGGAGACAGCCAUAUAGUCCGGCUCUGUCCAGAGUUAAUGUCCACCUCUCCCGUCGUCCUGAAUCGGGAAGGUAGCCCUUUUUAUAAACAAGGUGCUGGGUGGUGGUGAUUCCCUUGAAGUUUUAAUUCUUUGUUCCUCUUUCUGGCCCAUCUCCCUGACCCUCACUUCCUUUGGUGGUAAAAUCCAGGGCUUGAGACAUACUUCAGUGGAAACGUGCUUAUUUUGCCAGGCACCUUUGGAAUUUAAUUCAAGGUGUAAAGUCUCGGUAUGGCAGGCAGUCUCCUCAUUGCUUGGAGAUCACUCCUUCAGCAGCCUCUUAAGGAGUGACGGAGUCCCCCUGCCACCUGGUGUGGUCAGCACAGACUCAGGUGCUUUGGGAUGGGGCUUUAAAUGCCUCCGUGGGUGUGCCCUUUACCAGUGCUAUCUCAAAAAUUGAGUAUACUUUGAGGGGGUUUUGCCCCUCUUGGGAGUUACUGUGUACUACACUGUGGAGUUCAUUUUGUGACCUAACUUUUACAGUUGAAAUAGAAUUGGACUUGAGCAGUCUGCAGCCAUGGUCGUCUUGGUUGCAGGUUUUCUAAAGCAAGGCAACACAACUUGAAAGAUUUUUUUGUGUACUUACUGUUUUUAGACAUGGGAAUUGAGGCCAUAAUUUUUGGAAGUCUAGAUCUCCGUAGCACCUCAUGAAGCAUGAUGGAACCCCUUCCUUGGUAGGGCCUUAGCUGUGUCCCUGAUUUUCAUAGUGAUUGCCACACAGGUGCUGUCCCUUUGGUUGUCAGGAUGAACCACAUUCUAGCCUUGGAAGAAAACUGAUCUCCUGUUGGAAAGUAGACCUAGUUUCUCUAUUUCAGUCUCCCGGCUGUGUGUGUAUGUUCCCCUGCCCAUGAAAAGCAGAACAAGGUAAGCCUGAGUAAGACCCUUAGGAGGCCCUACCCCAGCAGGUUUGUGUGAGUGAAAGUUGAAAGUGAUGCGUACGAGGGAGGAGAAUGGCACUGGGGCUGGACAGCUUUGUCCAGUUCCUGCAUCCCCAUAUUUUUCCUCUGGCCCUCGAAGUCUGAUCUCUUUGAGUGACUUUAUGUUACAACGGAUGAGGUGCGUUUGGAGUUCUGGACUCCAAGGAAACCUGUAAGAUCCAACUCAAGUAGCAUUUUAUCUUUAGAGAAGAGGUUUUUGAUAACAGGGCUUAAAAAUGAACUAGAUCUGUUCCUGAUGCUGAUUUCUGGUGUGCAGUGGCAGUGUUUCCACAAGGUACCAAGAGAUGCAAACUGAGUAAUACUCGGGAAUGGGAUGCGUUCUUAGGUGUCUGAUGCGUAAAGAACUACCUGGAAAGAGCUCCAGGAAAGGGAAUCAAAACAAUUCUUGGGUCUUUCCUUAAGAUGGCAGUAUUGUGGAGAAGUGAUUUUUUUUUUAAUACCUUGGCAAUGGCUACAUCUAGCACUUUAGGGAAAAAAAUGAGUAUAUUUAAUAAUUUUUGUUUCUCCUUAGGAGUAAGAAUAGAACAGUUUUGUACUGUGAAUUACAGAUGCUCUUUGAAGGAAAGAAAUAUCGAUUCUGAAGUUCUUCAGAAGCUCUGGCAGUGAUGAGCAGGAUAUCGACUGGAAUAUAUGCGAAAGGAAAUCAGACAAAUUCUAUUUUCUUACUGAGCAAAUAUUUUAUUGAGCCUGCUUGUGUGUUUCAGAGGAGUCCACAACUUCAGCGACACAUUUUUUGUACUGAAAAAACUCAUACUUUUUGUAGCUUUUAUUCCUCAUUUAAUUUAAAAUGACUUUAACACUAAAUGCCUCUCAGAAUACUUUAUUCCAGACUUUAAGAAAAGUUUUAGUUUUUCGAAAAAUGAUACUUCAGUGGUUAACCUCCUGUGUUUGGUGCUUUUGACCCUAAUAGCACCAUUGGACAACACCACAACCACAUGGAAACAUAUUUUUUGGAAGCAGAACUUUAAUUUUUUAUGACAUAUGCUAUGGAAAGCUAAGAAAAUUUAAGGACUACUUGUUUUGUAUUUUUUUUCUUAAAAAAAUGGGAUCCACUGUGUUGAAGACUCUUGAUAAUUAUGUGCUUGUCUAACCAUUUUUUUAUAUAAAUUAGAAUACAGUCUAGCGUGAUCAUGGUCAUAAAAUAAAUUUUUUUGGAAAGUUAGAUUUCAUUUGUGAGUUUUUAAAAAUCAGAAUAACUAUAAACUUGACUGGUUUAUUCAUUAUAUUUUUUUCUUGGCUAUAAUGCUUGUGACCCAUGGAAAAUUACAUUAACUUACAGGAUAGACGUCAGUGCAUUUUAUUUCCCAAUGAGUUGUAUAAAUUUUAUUUUUCUUGAAGGUUGUAUGUUAAAUCAAAGUUAAUGUUCUUCCACUACUUCUUGAGAAGGAAGUUCCAAUUUGAAAUUGUAUCAUUUCCUUCAAAAUGAAGGGCAGUGCUUAGUUAAAUAAAAGAUUGAUGAUAUCUUUUAA